AUGCUGGAGGCCUCUGGGCAGGAGGAGUCAGAGCCGGGCUCCGAAGCCCAGUGCCCUGGUGCCUGCCACGCGCAGCGCGUCCUGCAGACCCUCAAUUCCUACCGACAGAGCGGUACCCUCACCGACUUGGUGCUGCGCGCCGGCGGUCGCGACUUCCCGUGCCACCGUGCCGCACUCUGCGCGGGAAGCACCUACUUCCGAAGCCUGUUUGAGGCUGGUCGGCUGGAGCGCAGCCUGGCCAUGGUGCCCGUGGUACCAGUAGCGCCCGAGGGGCAUCGCACAAGGCUGGAUGCGGGGCAGACCGGGGCGGCAGCGGCCACGGCGCUCGCCGUAGUGCUCGACUACUUAUACGGCGCGGGCGUGCAGCUGCGCGCUGAGGACGAGGCGGCCGAGGUGCUGGCGCUGUCCGAGCGGCUAGGCGUGGCGGGUCUGCGCGAGGCCUGCGUGAGCUUCCUCGAGGGCCGUCUGCGCGCUGCCAACAGUCUGGCGCUGCGCCGCGUGGCCACCGCCUUCUCUCUGGCCUCACUGGCGGAGCGCUGCGGCCACGUUCUACGCCAAGCCUUUGUCGAGGUGGCGUGCCACGCCGACUUCCUAGAGCUGACCCCGGAUGAGGUAGCGACGCUGCUGGCAGACCCGGCGCUGGGCGUGGCCCGAGAGGAAGCAGUGUUCGAGGCGGCCAUGCGCUGGGUACGCCACGAUGCGCCAACCCGCCGGGGGCAGCUGCGGCGCCUCCUGGAGCACGUGCGCCUGCCUCUGCUGGCGCCUGACUACUUCCUAGAGAAGGUGGAGGCCGAUGAGUUGCUGCAGGCUUGCAGAGAGUGCCGACCACUGCUGCUGGAAGCCCGCGCCUGCUUCAUCCUGGGCCGCGAAGCUGGCGCGCUACGGGCCCGGCCGCGGAGAUUCAUGGACCUAGCAGAAAUGAUCGUGAUCAUCGGCGGCUGUGACAGAAAGGGGCUCCUGAAGCUGCCCUUCGCCGACGCCUACCAUCCAGAGAGUCGUCGCUGGACCCCACUGCCCAGCCUGCCCGGCUAUACGCGAUCGGAGUUCGCCGCCUGCACUCUACGCAAUGACGUCUACGUCUCCGGAGGCCACAUCAACAGCCGUGACGUGUGGGUGUUUAGCUCCCCUCUGCAUACCUGGAUCAAGGUAGCCUCAUUGCACAAGGGCAGGUGGAGACACAAGAUGGUGGUUAUUCAAGGCCAGCUGUUUGUGGUGGGCGGCUUUGACGGCCUGAGGCGCCUGCGCAGCGUGGAGCGAUACGACCCUUUUUCCAACACCUGGACGGCCGCCGCGCCCCUUCCGGAGGCGGUGAGCUCGGCGGCGGUGGCGUCCUGCGCGGGCCAGCUCUACGUAAUCGGGGGUGCGCGCCAGGACGGCGUCAACACAAACAAGGUGCAAUGCUUUGAUCCCAAGGAAGACCGAUGGAGCCUGAGGUCACCAGCUCCCUUCUCACAGCGGUGUCUUGAGGCUGUCUCCCUCGAGGACACGAUCUAUGUGGUGGGGGGCCUCAUGAGCAAAAUCUUCACCUACAACCCUGGCACAGAUGUCUGGGAUGAGGCAGCUGCUCUUCCCAACCCUGUGGAGAGCUGCGGCGUGACCGUGUGUGAUGGGAAGCUCCACAUCCUUGGUGGGCGGGAUGACCGCGGGGAGAGCACCGAUAGGGUCUUCACCUUUGACCCCAGCAGUGGGCAGGUGGAGGCCCAACCAUCCCUGCAGCGCUGCACCAGCUCCCAUGGCUGUGUCACCAUUGUCCAGAGCCUGGGCAGGUGACUCAGACUUGGAUGGCUUGAGCCUGGAGGCUGGGCGGGGGGCACGCUCAGGUGUACCACUGUGCUCCCCUCACGGCUCCUGCAUGUAAAUAGCUCUUAACUUAUGGUCCCUUUCUUUAUAGAAAUAAAGGCUCAUUCACAGGCUGGGUCCGUGUUCCAGCUCAAGCUUGCUUUGCCUGGAGA